AUGCAAGGUGCAGGUCUGCCAGCGCUCCACGCGGCCUGCCUUUACGGCCGGCUGGCUACUGUACAGCUCCUGACGGAGACCACGCCGGGGUCGGUGAACAGCAGUGAUGCUCAGGGUUGCCGGCCCAUUCACAUGGUCAUGUCCUCCCGAAGCUCACCCAACACCUCCGCCUGUCUCAGAUACUUGCUGGAGAACGGAGCUGAUGUCAAUGUUACCACAGACUCAGGCCAGACCCCACUGCACCUGGCUGCCUCCGAAGGCCUCCUGGACUGCACAGAGGUCCUCGUGCAGGCCGGUGCAGAUGUGCUGGCUCAGGACAGCAUGGGACUCACACCUCUGGAUUUGGCCCGCAUCUGGUGCCACAGAAAGGUAGCAAGGUAUCUGAAAAGCUGCAUGUGGAAGGCAGAAAAAAGGAAGGAAAUGGAGGAGAGGAAGCUAGUACAAGCUUUGUACAGUGAUCUUGUGGACAUGUCCAAACGGAAUAAUCUCAACAAAAGGGUUAGUUCGUUGUGGAAAUUCAGGAUUUCAACACUGAUAGAUGAGAAGAUGGCAGAGUGGGCGAACAAGAAAGGUUUUCCCCUCCUAAAGGAUUUCUCCCCCAGAGUCCUGGUGAGCCGGUACCACACCCAGUGCCUCUCAUCAGAUCAGGACAGCUCUAAUCUACAACAUGCCAAGGGCCUGAGAAAGCACCAGCCAAGAGGCCACCAGGAGGAUCAGGCAAUCACUUCCUCAAAACCACCUCCAGCUUCAGCCCUCAAGCCCUGGACCAUCUACAUGGGCCUCCAGCCAGAGAAACCCCCAACAGUGCCUGACCUCCGGGACAGUGUCAGAGUAUGGAGAGACAUCAGCAGCAGCCAGCCUCAGUACACCACCAUGUGGGAUGGCACACCUCAUGCCGCCCCUGACCUGCCUCUGGAUGUCCUUGAGAGGGUGUUGUUCCCCAGGGCCUUCCCUUCCAGGAUCCUCUCCCCUCAGCACUUUGCGCCACAGAACAUUGCGGAGGUCCAGCACAGAGGAUGCCCCGAGGGGCGGAGCACCUCCCCCUGGACAGAGGUGGCCAUGCACCUGGCUGAGGUGCUGGAACCUGGACACUACUGA